UCCUCUGGGGGAAACACUGCUCCCUUGGGCCCUGAGCUGCGUGGGGGUAGGGUCGGGGGUCACGGUCACUGGUGGGCCCGGCUCCCAACGCAGGGCAGGUGGGUGCAGAGUGGACCCUGCCCAGUCAGCAGGCUGAGGUCUGCCUUGUCGGGGAAGCGGGAGACAGGGUCCUGGUGGCUCAGGAGGAGUGAGCCAGACGGGCCCCAGGGGACCGGUGUGGGGGCCUGAGUAGCUACAGGGCACCCAGAAAAGGGUGCAGGGGGACGGACAGGGAGGCAUGCAUUAGACAGAAGGUGCAGGGCGAGACAGCCAUGCAGAAAGAGCUAGAGAGAGAGGGAUGGAGACAGAGAGACAUAGAGCGACAAAACCCAAAACGCACCCGAGGAAGGCCAAAGGAGACAAGAGAGAUGGACAGAGACAGAGACAGUGAGGCCGAGACCGGAAGAGAGACACGAUGGGAAAGAGAGAAACUGGCAGACGGAGAGACAAGGAGAGAUGGAGACACAGGGUAAAUGUGCCGCCCUCCCCACCCCGCAGCACCCGCAAGCCCGACAGAGGGAGGGGCAGGGGCAAGAUGGCAGAAACACACCCCCACACUGACCUGCUUCCAGGCGCCCUCACGGGGGCAGCCAGUCCUCCUCAGCUCUGCCCGCCUUCUAUGCUGAUGUUGGCCAAGCCCAUUAAGCUGCUACCCUGGCCACAACUGAAGGCCCCACGCCCUGGGGAGGAAACCACCGAGAAGGCGUCCCUUGUCCCGUGGCACCCCAAACCAUCAAUUAGUAUUAACAAGGGAAGGCUCCUCGCGGCCUAAAGGCCCCCAUCGGGGCUCAGAUGGAGGGGAAGCCCCACCCCCGUGAACCAGGAGGUUGAAGAGCCGGGGGCCAGCCUGUCAGCCCAGAGUGUCCCGAUGGCGUGUGGUAGCAGGCGGGUCACCAUCCAGCUGGUGGGAGAAGAGGCAGGGCCUGGAACCGGAGGCCCGAAGCCCUUUCGGGGCCAGAGAUACGAGGCCAUCCAAACAGCCUGCCUGGAUGAGGGGAUCCUGUUCCAAGACCCCUACUUCCCUGCUGGCCCUGAUGCCCUUGGCUAUGACGAGCUGGGGCCGAACUCUGAGAAGGCGAAAGGGGUGGAAUGGAUGAGACCCCAUGAGUUUUGCGCUGAGCCCCAGUUCAUCUGUGAGGACAUGAGCCGAACAGACGUGUGUCAGGGGCGCCUAGGGAACUGCUGGUUUCUUGCGGCCGCUGCCUCCCUCACUCUGUAUCCCCGACUCCUGUGCCGGGUGGUCCCCCCCGGACAGAGUUUCCAAGAUGGCUACGCGGGUGUCUUCCACUUCCAGCUCUGGCAGUUUGGCCACUGGGUGGACGUCGUGGUGGACGACAGGCUGCCCGUGCGUGAGGGGAAGCUGAUGUUCGUGCGCUCACGUCAGCGGAACGAGUUCUGGGCCCCGCUCCUGGAGAAGGCCUAUGCCAAGCUCCACAGCUCCUAUGAGGUGAUGAGAGGCGGCCACAUGAAUGAGGCUUUCGUGGACUUCACGGGUGGCGUGGGCGAGGUGCUCUACCUGAGGCAAGACCUCCCAGGCCUCUUCUCUGCCGUGCGCCAUGCCCUGGCCAAGGAGUCCCUCGUGGGCGCCACCGCCCUGAGUGAUCGGGGCGAGCACCGCACAGAAGACGGGCUGGUGAAGGGACAUGCGUACUCAGUCACGGGCACGUACAAGGUGACCCUGGGCUUCACCAAGGUGCGGCUGCUGAGGCUUCGGAACCCAUGGGGCCGUGUGGAGUGGACCGGGGCCUGGAGCGACAGCUGCCCGCGCUGGGAUGCGCUCCCUAAAGAGUGGCGGGAUGCCCUGCUGGUGAAAAAGGAGGAUGGCGAGUUCUGGAUGGAGCUGAAGGACUUCCUCCGCCACUUCAACACCGUCCAGAUCUGCUCGCUGAGCCCUGAGGUGCUGGGCCCCAGCCCGGCUGGAGGCGGCUGGCACGUCCACACCUUCCAAGGCCGCUGGGUGCCCGGCUUCAGCUCCGGCGGGAGCCAGCCUGGCACUGAAACCUUCUGGACCAACCCCCAGUUCCGGCUGACGCUGCUGGAGCCUGAGGAGGAGGAGGAGGAGGACGAGGAGGAGGAGGAGGGGCCCUGGGGGGGCUGGGGGGCAGCAGGAGCGUGGGGCCCUGCGAGGGGGGGGCGCAUCCCCAAGUGCACUGUCCUUCUGUCACUCAUCCAGCGCAACCGGCGGCGCCUGAGGGCCCAGGGCCUCACUUACCUCACCGUGGGCUUCCACGUGUUCCAGAUCCCAGAGGAGCUGCUGGGCCUGUGGGACUCCCCGCGCGGCCGCGAGCUCCUGCCGGGCCUGCUGCGCGCCGACCGCUCGCCCUUCUGCGCCCGCCGCGACGUGAGCCGCCGCUGCCGCCUGCGCCCCGGCCACUACCUGGUGGUGCCCAGCGCCGCCCGCGCCGGCGACGAGGCCGACUUCACGCUGCGCGUCUUCUCGGAGCGCCGCCACACAGUCGUGGAGGUCGAUGACGUCAUCAGCGCCGAGCUGCGCGCGCUCACGGUCCCCUACAUCCCCCUGGAGCGGGGGCUGGAGCAGCUGUUUCAGGAGCUGGCAGGAGAGGAGGAAGCACUCAGUGCCUCUCAGCUCCAGACGUUAUUAAGCAUUGCCCUGGAGCCUGCCAGGGCCCAUGCCCGGACCCCUGGAGAGAUCGGGCUCAGGACCUGUGAGCAGCUGCUGCGCUGUUUUGGGAACGGACAGAGCUUCACCCUGCACCACUUCCAGCAGCUCUGGGGCCAUCUCCUGGAGUGGCAGGCCACAUUUGACAAGUUUGACAAGGAUGCCUCUGGAACCAUGAACUCCUACGAGCUGAGGCUGGCGCUGAAUGCGGCAGGCUUCCACCUGAACAACCAGCUGACCCAGGCCCUCACGAGCCGCUACCGGGACAGCCGUCUGCGGGUGGACUUCGAGCGCUUCGUGUCCUGUGCAGCCCAGCUCACCUGCAUAUUCCGCCACUGCAGCCAGCACCUGGAAGGAGGCGAGGGGGUCGUCUGCCUGACCCGCAGACAGUGGAUGGAGAUGGCCACCUUCCUCUAGGAUCUCUGCAUGGAGCACCUGUGGCCGGAGGCAGAAGCAUGCCAGGAGGCCUUUCUCCUCUCCCAGCCGGGACUGGGGUUUAUUCCACGGCGGGGGGUCUGAGCACCAGCGCCCCCUCCGCCUCUCUGCCUGGCACGUGGGGCGCUGUCUGGUCCCAGCACUCAGCAGCGGGGUGAGGCCAGGCAGGUCCCUGCACACCUCCGUGCUUUGCCCUCCUCAUGUGUAAGCAGGGACGGGCACGACACUGUUCUUGUGCAGGCCCCACGUGUCAGCACUGGGGACAGUGCUGGGCCUCGAGCCGGUCCCCAGCGGCACUCGUGUUUACACACUCACGGGGACAGGGGUCUCCCACGCCCAGCCUUGCUCUGGGAAGAGGUGCUCCCGUGGCUCUCCUAAGAGGCGGAGAAUAGACAGGAGAGAGAGAGAACACGGUAGGAAUCCUUCUUAAAAAUAUUACAUGUUUUAUUAUCCUGUCCCCAGAAGGUGGUUUAUCCAGAAACCGAGAAAAAAAAAUAGAAUAAACUCAAAAAGGGGGAGGAGGGGAAGGGAGCAAAACCCAUCAACUAACAGGCAGCCAGGCCAGCAGCCCACCCUCCACCUCAGGAGGGUCCCCAGAGACCCAUGCCCAACGACAGACAACAGAGAAAAAUCAGUAAGGGGCUGGGGGGAGGGCAGCAAAUCAGCUAGGUCUUCAUUAUGAGAGCAAGAGGCAGGGAGCAUAUGUUGCUAGGUGAAUAUAUAUUUAUAUAAUAAAUCCGUAAGUUAAUAAAGUAAAUAGUAAUUCUCUGAAGGUUUUUAAUUCCUUUUUUUAUAGGUUUUUUUUUUUUGUGGAUUUUUUUUGUUUUUGUUUUGUGGUUUUUUUUUUGUUUUUGUUUUUUUUGGUCCUUAGAAAAUCU